AUGAAAAGAAAACGUCAAUGUAAAUCAGUACCAGUAUUUGGGGAUAAAGACUUCCUUUUCGGAGAAUUUGGGGACUUUCCACUUGAUUUGAAAAUUUGUGUACUUAAGUUUUUAAAAAUUCGAGAGAUAGUUAAAUUUCGACAUAUUAUUAACGAUGAAGAGAUUAAUAGUUUAGAUCUUAGGCAAUUUAAAAAUAAUCCUGAUAAUCAUGAUGAUUAUUUGGAUGGCAGAUUAAAUUUUGAGGAGUUUAAGGUUGAUUCAGGUUAUUAUAACCCAAGAACAAGUAAACAGGACAGAUUUGAUUAUGCUGUUGAAAGACUUGAAGAAGGAUUAGAAAUGAUUAGAAAUAAUGAUAUUUCAAUUCCAAUUCAUAUCGAAAUUGGUAGUCGAGAUAGUGGGUAUCUUCAAAAUAAUCAUUUUAAAAAGUUAAGAUGUUUAGAUUGCAAGCCCUUAGAUAUUCGUUUAUCAUUGACUGAUUUGAGAUGUAAGGAUUGUAAAUUAUUGAAUAAAUUCUCAUCACCUAAGAAAGUUAACGAGUUGAUAGUGACUCUAAUGAAUCAUAAUGAAUAUAAAGCUUUCGAAAUUGAUAUUUCGAAGUUUACUGAAUUGAAAAAGUUUGACAUUUCAGAAAUAAACGAUGACCUAGAGAUUCAAAUAAAGCUAGAUUAUUCCAAUAAUUUAUAUCAUAAUUUGACAGAAUUAAUAACCUAUGAUAUAUUUGAUUUGAGAGAAAUAGGCAAAUUCACUAAUUUAAAAACAUUGAAGCUAACAUUUAAGCAUGGAAAAGAUGUCUUCUUACCGUUUCUACCAAGAUCCAUUACAAAAUUGAAAUUAACAUCACUAUGGGGAACAGGAGUACUUCAUAUCAAAUCAAAUGCCGAUUGCCCACCAAAUUUGACCUAUUUAAAACUUUAUGAUGAUGAAAAGCCAUAUUCUCCAUGGAGGGACACAUUAGCGUAUUCAUUUCCUUCAACUUUGAAAACUUUGAAAAUAUACGGGGAAGCAAUUUGUUCUGUUGUAACAAUGUUACCUCCAUAUUUAACUUGUUUAGAACUCAGGUUUGCACGUAGUUAUCUGUUGACACAAGAUUAUGAUUUUGAAUUGCCAGCUACACUUGAGAAAUUACAACUACAAAAUUUGAAUAUAACUAUUAGAGGUUCUAAUAAUAUGGUACUUCCAAAGAGAUUAGUUGAAUGUGAUAUUGGUCUGUGCAAUUUCUCAUUUGAAUUAUAUAGAGAUAAUCUUGAUGGUUCAAACAAGUAUUUAAAAUAUUUAAGUGUUUCAAAUGAUCACGAUGAUGAUGAUGUUGACGGUAUUCCUCUUAAUAACUUGAAUUUCAAGCAGUUUUCAAAAUUAACACUGAUGGAUCUAUUUUACUGUGGUAUACUGAGUUUGACUGACUUUAGACCACCAUUGCGCCUAGAGUAUUUAAAAAUCAAUGAUAAUAAAUUAUCAUCAAUGGAUGAGACAUGUCCAUUGUUUAAUAAUCCCAAUGAUUAUCCAAACUUAACUAUGUUAGACUUUUGUUGUCAAAUUACUUAUAUAUCACCAAAUAUCAAAUUACCUGUAAAUUUAGAAAGCCUUCAAAUUAGAGAUGAUUGUUCAAAGCAAUUUUGUUUCAAUACAUCGAUCGUGACACAUCAAAAAUUAACUCAUGUCUGCAUACGACAGCUCUCGUCAGUAUCUUUUAAUGUGGAACAUAUAGGAAGUGAAAUGAAUACAAUAUUGAGAGAGUUAUCUCUUGAUUUUGAUGAAAAUUCCUUUCCUGGUGGUAAAGAUGAAAUUGAUCAAUUUUAUGAUAAGCUUGAAAGGGUACUAUGGCAAGAUAAGGAGUAG